CGAGAAAAGAGCGUCUGUCCUUCUUCCAUGGCAUGCAUACACGGCAGCAAAUGGCCAACCACUGUCUGUCCAGCCCCCUCGUCCCCCUUCUACACUGGUCCAGCAAGGCGUACACCAACACCCACACCCACACACAAAUGUGCAAUGCAAACCCACAAACCGACUGACUGACAUGCAGCGGCGCAGCAGCAGUGAGUGUGCCCCUCCCUCUUCUAUCUACUUGGUGAUGAAGGUGGCGACCAAAUGGAGGUACAGUUGUUUCUCCGAGUGUAACCGUAUUCUCUUUUUCCGCAGAUCAGUCGGCUUGUGGUAACUGAACACGCAACACACACAAGGAGAGAGAGAGAGAGGAGCAGUGGCAUCUCAUUCUCUUCGUUGACGCAUACAUUUCCAGCACAAUCUCUUCGUCCCGUCUCAGCUCGUUGAUCUCCAUCAGCGACCAACACCUGCAGAGUCACCCACAUACAUAUACACACAGAGAGCAAGGAAGGAAGACAUGAUGUCCGAUUGCCCCGACCCUGCUGGCCGAACAGCCAUCGGCUGACAGGCAUAAUGCAACCAACAGGUUCUGUGUUGCACAACGUGGGAACACUCUCACUGCGCCGAGAACAGUCAGCUAAGUGCGUUGGAUGGUUGUGCAAUCACGCGCAGACACGUAUGGCAUCGAUCGGCACACAUACCUACCUGGUGGAGACUUUGUGUUUCUUCGGCUUGUAGUGUUUGAACUCGAAAAAGAUAGAACAGUCUGCACAUGGACGGACAAGACCCCACACACGAAAGUGCGCAGGUUGCUGCGCGCAUUGUGUGUGCAAGUGGAUGCGAUGCGUGGCGCACCUUUUCUCUGCAUGUCUUCGAGAGAAAGGCCCAGGUAGACAGUGCACCCAAACACCACAUAGUCGUCCGUCCUGCAAUGCAAUGGCAUUGGACGAAUGGCAGCAAACACAUAGAUAUUCAGCAAUGAUUCGGGCAGACCUGCAUGCUCUGCGCACCUCUCUGUGGCCACUGGCGUAUCGUGACUCGACAGAACAAUCUGAUUCUUGUUCUCUGUUGCCAACAAAAAACAGCCAGGAAAGACUUCACGUCCAAAGACUUCACAUCCAAUUUCCCCCAACACGCCGACACACGUCAGUCACGUCAUUGGUGCACCGACUGACCUGCGAUGAGUACGGUCAUGAAUGGGUUGAUGUACGUCUGUGCGUCCUUGAGGCCUAUCUUGUCAAUCUUGAUAGCCACGAGGGUGCCCUGCACCUUCUGCAGCGCCUGAGAUACGUGCUGGAAGUCGGAAUACGGCUCGUCCGUGUCACCACAUAUGAUCUCACCGCUGACACAGACAGCAGCAAGGCGAACAGAGAGUGCUGCGGGACGGUGUGUGGACUGCGCGUGUUGCUUACGCCGUACUGGGCCGCACAGGCUGCACAUUGGCAUACUUGUGUGGCUCGACAGAGAAAGGCGCCUUGUCGCUGCUGAACAGCGUCUCGAACACUGCAGCCGAGACGACAAGUGAGUUUAGUGAGGCACCAUACCCAUGCAUUCAUAGAGCUCUGAGCUUGUGGCCAGCCUGGUACCUGGAAUGAGCGCCUUCAUGUCCUGCAGGCUGACAAUUUCUCUCAUGGUUCUCAGCGACUGCGCCCUCGCACUCAAACACAGGAUCAGCCGAUGCAUCAAAUCCUGCAGCAGCCAGCCAUUCAGCGAGAGACAGGCCCACACACGGGCGCGUACAUGCUUUGCAAGCGCCGCACCGACCUGCUUCUCUUUGUCAGUCACCUGUUCCUCUGAAGUCAGAUAGAUGCGUCCCUGCUUGGCCGCCAUGACGCUCGCCAGGCUGCAGACAGACAGACAGACAGGCAAACAUGCUGAUGUGAUAAAAACCCAGAUACUCACUCACUCAGUGUAUCCCUCCUGUGCUUCGAGGAGCUGCCCCCAUGAGUCCUCCUGCACCCGCUGCCGAAACUUCUCCGCCCACUCGCGGCCGAUGUAGCCCUUCUCGGUCGACACAGACAU